AUGGAGGAAAUUGUAGUAAUGUACCCUGCACCAGGGUUAAGCCACAUUGUUCCAUUAGUAGAAUUUGGAAAACGCCUUCUUAACUACCAUCCUUCUAUCUCCAUUACCUUCUUAAUCCCCACCCUUCCCUUUGACUACAACACUGACACUACAUCCUCCUACAUCUCCUCUGUUUCCUCAUCUUUCCCUUCCAUCACCUUCUUCUAUCUGCCUAUCCCCUCUCUCCCCCGCCACCCCACCGCGUACCUCAACAGCGAAGACCUCUUUUUCGAGCUCGGCCGCCUUAAUAACCCCAAUGUAUCUGCUUGGUUUCUCUCCCUUCCUCACUGUUUUCGUGUCUCUGCUUUUAUCAUUGACUUCUUCUGCACCUCAGCUUUGGACAUGGCUGUCUCAUUCAAUAUCCCUGUUUACUUCUUUUUCGCGACAGGUGCAUCUACUGUCGCGUUGUUUCUGAACUUCCCAGUCAUUGAUAAAAUCAUGACUGGGAAGUUCAGAGGAGCCUUCGAUGCUGAAUUCAGCAUCGAAGGUCUCCCUUUGGUUCCGGCAACUGCAUUGCCGGAACCAAUGCUAGAUAGAGGCCACACGUAUAAUGAGUUCAUUAACGUUGGCCUCUAUCUAUCGAGAUCACAAGGUGUUAUAGUAAAUACUUUUCAAGAAUUAGAACAUAGAGUAGUCAAGGCUUUGUAUGAAGGAGCUUGUCUUCCUGUAGGAUUUACUACCCCACCAGUCUACUGCGUGGGGCCGUUAGUUUCCUCGUUAGAUUACGAUGGUGGUACUAAUACCACCACCGUUCACGAGUGUUUGAGUUGGCUCGACUCGAAACCGAAACAAAGCGUGGUGUUUGUAUGCUUCGGAAGUGUGGCAUUGUUUCAACAAGACCAGCUGAAGGAAAUAGCACAAGGGUUAGAGAAAAGUAUGCAAAGGUUUUUAUGGGUGGUAAGGGACCCACCUCCUUUGAAUGAACCCUCAAAGCGGUUCAGUAAACCACCUGAACCGGACUUGGAGAAGAUCCUCCAUGGUGGGUUCUUGGACCGGACCAAGGAGAGGGGGAUGGUGGUGAAGUCGUGGGCCCCACAGAAGGCGAUAUUAGGCCAUAGCUCUGUGGGCGCCUUCGUGACUCAUUGUGGAUGGAACUCGAUACUUGAGGCGGUUAGUGCAGGGGUUCCACUAGUGGCGUGGCCACUUUUUGCUGAGCAAAGGUUUAAUAAGGUGGUGUUGGUGGAGGAGGUUAAGGUUGCGGUGGCUAUGGAGGAGAGAGAAGAAGGAGGGAAGUUUGUAACAGCAGAAGAGGUGGAGAUGAGAGUGAGAGAAAUCAUGGAAAGUGAUGUAGGGGAGAGAAUGAGGAAGAAGAUGUUGGUUAUCAAGGAUCAGGCUAAGGUUGCUAUUAGUGAAGGAGGAUCAUCUAGUUUAGCUUUAGCUAAGUUCGUAGACUCAUGGGACAAUAAUAGAGGUUGUAACUUGUAA